AUUCCCCUGUCCAUAUACCAGCUCUCCUUCAGCAGAUGCAGAGCACAAGACAUGAAGUUCCCUAUGCCAGCUACAUUCGCCCUGCUCCUCCUCUGCACCCCAGGCACAGGGGAGCGUGAAUACACCUCUGUGCUUGCUGUGCCCAAUGGAGGCCACUGGGGCAAGUGGGGCAGUCGGCAGUUUUGCCGCUAUAGCUAUGCCAAUGGAUUUGCACUGAAGGUGGAGCCUGCCCAGUUUGGAAGAGAUGACACCGCUCUGAAUGGCAUACGCCUGCAUUGUCAAGAUGAUUCAAUAACUGAGUCCUUGGUGGGGGAGUGGGGUACCUGGACCAUCUUCCAAGUUUGCCCUGGAGGCUACUUGACCUCCUUUUCACUGAGAACAGAGAAAUCCCAAGGAGGAGGUGAUGACACAGCAGCCAACAACAUUCAGUUCAGAUGCUCAGAUGAAACUGUGCUAGUAGGUGAUGGACUGUCGUGGGGAAGCUUUGGCCCAUGGAGCACAAGCUGCAAGAUAUGUGGUCUCCAGACCAAGGUAGAGCCACCACAGGGGCUUAAGGAUGACACAGCACUCAACAAUGUGAAGUUCUUCUGCUGUAAAUGA